CACACGGAAUCGGAAAAAUACAACCCUGGACCCAAACGUUUAGCAGACAAACAAUCGCGUGCUUGUUACUGUAUUUUUUCCGAAUUAAAAAUCGCAAUAAAUUGACAUUACUUUGUUUCCAAACCAAACCCAUGCCGUCAAGAGUUUGUUUUUGAGUCAUGGCUAAUAAAGAUGUAAAAACGGCGGGUAUAGUCGACUACAAUAUAAUAUGUCGUUGCUGCCUGAAACCCGACGCCGAGCUCUACAAACUAGACUCUCUUAUGGUGGCGCGAGACCUGACGCGGCAAGCAGAAGAUGGUGGCAAUGGUGAAAAAAUAACUCUAUUGCGAUGUUUGCUAUUCUGCAUACGCACUGAAAAUAUUCCGGAGCUACCACUGUUCAUAUGCACCGGCUGCAGCAAAAGUUUGCAGAUUGCGUAUCAUUUCAUACAGAACGCUUUGCGUGCCCAUGAGUUUCUGUGUCAUAAGCUCAGCCCAGACAGAGAAUGUUCAAAGACGCAAGCAUCGGCGAAGCGCGCGGUGCGUUUUAACGGACAGCAAAAUCGCUGCUUGGAUGGCAGUAAAGAGAAGGCGCCAAUAAGGGGCAUUAAGUGCUUGGAGCAAGAGGCGUUCAACAAAAAAGAUGGCACUGACACAACAAAGGACAAGCGACAGACUCAGACCCAGCUGAAAGACCAACCACGCAAAAACGUACGUCAUGAAUGCAAGGUAUGCGGCGCUGUAAUAUACAACAAACUAGAGCUAAAGCAGCAUAUACGGUUGCAUUCUGACGUAAUUUCACACAGUUGUAGGCUGUGUCCCUUUAUUACUCUAAAGCAGCGCCAAUUGAGCGAUCAUUAUCGCAUGAAGCAUGACUUAACGCUAACACAAGUAGCAAGAUUAAACGCGCCUGCACCCUCGAAAAAGAUUGGCCCAGAGCCACCUUGUUCCUCACCAACCAGAACAAGUACAGUCGCCUGUAGUUUGAGCGCUACAAAGCCCGCAGAGGACUCAGUUGUUAAAGUGUGCACCCUGGAAGACAUGGAACUUUUGAUACCAACAGUUUUGAGACCGGAGGAUUAUACAACUCCACAUAUUGAUUCCGAGCAAUUGUGCGAAAUGGAGCAGUUGAGUACUAACAUGCAUACAGAAGCCGAGAUUGCGCCGAUGACUGAUUCCGCACUCAACGCGACGGCUAAAUCAUACGCUGAAAAUUCCACUUCGGGCGAAACUUCUGACAUGCAGUCAGGGAGGCACGUGAGCAUAGGGACCGAGUAUCUCGUUCUUCCAGAUGGAUCACUACAACAGUUAAACGGAAGCGGUGUUGUCAUAGAAUACAUCAAUGCAUCCGUCGCCGAUACUAAAAAUAAUAACGAUGUCAGGGCCCCUAACCUAACGCUCCAGAACUUGUUAGGCACAGCAGCGGAUAAUGAAGCAGCGAUGGAUAUUGAUGAGCUUAUUGUUGAGGAAGUGCAGCCCCAAAUAAAAAUCAAGGCAGCAAUUGGAUCUUCGCGCAUGUCGACGUUCUUAAAACAUAAAUGCAGCCAAUGCCCCAAGACAUUUGCUACCUUGGCACGCUUGAAAUCUCAUCAAUUGACUCACACCAAUCUGCCAAAAUUCUACUGUGAUCAGUGCACUUUCUAUUCGCUGCGCAGUACCGAGCUAAUGGAUCAUUACAAGACACUGCACAACAUCCAGCCAACUGUCGCCCAGGGCUUGUUUCGUAACGUAAAGGCUACAGCAGCUCCUUCAGAUGUAAAUAAAACUUACUCGUGUGAUAUGUGCCUCUUUGAAACCCAGAGCCGUGGACAACUACGCGUGCAUUACAACAAGAAGCACUUGGUGGAACCGUCGGAGAUCCAACUUAGACCUAGUUGGUCAGGUGCGGAUAAUGGCAACGUAGUUAAAUGUGAUGGAGUCCCGGGCAAACAAGUCAAGCAAACGCAACUCCCAAUAGGAAUUACAUAUGCUCCAACACCGAACCCGCCCGAACAACUUACCUUGCUAACCGCAACAUCAAGUAAUACCAACGAGAUUAUCACUACGCCGAUAUUAGAGUAUACCACUAACUCAGAUGUAGUCACAGCUACGGCGAAUAGCCCACCUCAAAUAAUCACAGACUCAGAAUUUCCAUCUACAGCGGACAAUUCCUUUGCAAUUUUUCCGGAAAGCUCAACGGCAGCAGAACCCAAAAAGGCAUUGCCUUUGGUGAGCACACAGGCUCCUAUAAUUGGUGAUAUGCAGGAAUUUAUUGAUAAUACCGAUGUUGCUGCUAUUUGCACGAUACCAGCCGAUGGAAUGCCUGUGGCUGAUGGGGAAGAUCUUGUCAUAGAUAACAACAAUAUAAGUUUAGAUUUUGAUGCUGAAAAUCUUUUUGAAGAUUUUGAAGAUGAAGAUGAACCAGACGAAGAGGUUGAAGAAGAGGAAGAAGAGGAGGAUGAGAGCAAUAUUGAUGAUGAGAAUGACAACAAUGGUUCGGCCAUUAAUCAGAAUUUGGUGCACACCAGCGACGAUGACGAUGUAGAUGAUUUUGAUGAUGAGCAAUCAAAACACUUACAAAAACCAUAUUGUGUAUACUGCAACAAGAAAUUUACGAGUCAGUACAAGUUUGAAAACCACAUGUUUGUGCAUAGAGGAUUGGCACCUUACCGUUGCGAGCUAUGUACGAACAUCUAUAAUCGUAAACGUGCCCUUAUUCGACACUACAGGGCCGUACACAAGCGCAUACCAACUCGCGAUAUGGUGCAGGCUAAAGGCGACAAGGUGUCGGUGGAUCGCACUAACAUUGAAAAGCUGCACAUCGUACCGCCCAAGUAUCCUGCGCUUAUGUGCGCAAAAUGUCCAUUCGAAUGUGAGCAGGAUUCGGAGAUGCGUAGCCAUUUAAAUGCACACCAUGGAAUCAAUGAUGGUGCUUCAUGUCAUGCUGGCGACGUAUUCAUUAUACGCAAAUUGCCCUAUGAGUGUCCACGAUGUAUUCGCACUUUUGCGGCCAAGCACAUAUUAACGCGCCAUCUACAGCGGAGCCAUCUUGUAGAUACAAUCAUUGAGCUGCAAUCGGUGUCGAAUCCCCAAACGACAAGUUCGGCUACCACAAGAACCACUUCCACAACGACCACCACUUUGCCGAACGCUGGCGAGCAAAAGGCCGCUGCCGUUGAGCAGCUAAACCAAGGACAGGAAAAUAAAGAAGCAGCAGAUAAAUAUGAUCAAAACUUGAAUGACACAACUGAAAGCAUAAUUACAACUGCAGCGGAUCUCCACACCAGUAUCGGCAACAUCAGUGUAUCCUGUUACACACCCCUCCCUACCCCGACACCGAAUGAUUCCUAUGACUACGAAUAUAAUUUCAUUGGUCAUGCACACGCCACAACAAGAGCAAGCAUAGAGCACGAAAACGACAAUCAGCCAUCCACUUCCAGCUACCAAAGGCAGGGGUUGACUGCAGACAAGACUAUGACAUUUGGUAUGGCGCAUCAGGAGGCACAACAAAAUAACAGCAUGCAUAAUGGCUUGCCCAACACGCCUAUAUAUGUUUGUAAGCAAUGCAACCAUACUUGCACUGAACUAAGCGAGUUGCAGCAGCAUCAAGCGGAGCAGCAUACCAUAAGCGAUCAUCUGUCAUCGCCCCGUCGCAAUUAUGACUUCAAGUGCCACAUAUGCAACAGUACUUAUCGUACAAAAACACUGUUAUUGUAUCACAUGAAACGUCAUGCGAACAGAAACUAUCAGUGUGACCAAUGUCCAAAGACCUUUGUGAUAAAGCCAGAGCUGACAAAACAUCGUGUAACCCACACAAACGAAAUGCCAUUUAAAUGUAACAUUGAAAUAGAUGAUGGGAAAGCAGUUUGUGCGAAGACUUUCCGCUAUAAGCAUCACUUAAAGCGCCAUCAAAAUGCAAGCCAUCAUUUAAAGCGUUUUGCAUGCCAAUUUCCGAAUUGCGGGCGAGAACUUGUCACAAAAUCGCAGCUCAAUCAACAUAUGCGUAUGCAUAAAGGUAUUUUUGCAUACAGGUGCCCGAAGUGCGGGCAUGCUUUUUCACGACGCAGGCCUUUGUGGCUACAUGCACUGCGUGCACAUCAGCUAAAAAUGACAGAGGACGAUUUGGCAGAAGUCUAUCGCGCCAAUGUGGGCUACACCAAUCCGCAUGACUUGAAGGUAUUCACGCGCAGUGGAGAACUGUUGCGGCGUCAGGAUUUUGAGGCUGCUGUUGCGCAAGAGCAGCUCGUCGAGGUGGAGAAUGCCGUUGUAAAUAUUAUAACAUAAUUGAGAUCACGCAAUGCAGCUGCAUUUUGUACAAAGUUGUAUGUAGGGUAAACAUUAUUCAUCUAUUUAAGCACAUGUCAUAAAUAUUGUUAUUGUAUGUUAAGACUAUGUAUAAGUUUAAAGGAAUUGCAAAUUUUCAUAAUUAAUGAAUAAAUAAAAGUUGGACAGAAACGGGUUGAU